AUGUCAGAGAGUUGGCCACAAAAUGCUUCGAACGAAUCGGUUCUUCCUCCAGUCAUUGCUUGGCGUCACCCCUUGCUAGCGAUUCUUUUGGGAUGUUUCUGUGUGAUCACCGUUGCCGGGAAUUGUCUCGUCGUGUUGGCAGUAUGCACAAAGAGAUAUCUCAGGAAUCCCACUGGCUAUUUGAUCAUUUCACUUGCAAUCGCCGAUUUGAUUGUCGGCUUGGUGGUGAUGCCGUUGAAUUCUCUUUACGAAAUGACAAGCCACGUUUGGAUUUUGGGUCUAACAAUGUGCGACAUUUUCCACGCCUUGGACAUUCUCGCCUCAACAAGUUCGAUCUGGAAUCUGUGCAUUAUCAGCCUUGAUCGAUACAUGGCUGGCAAAGAUCCAAUCGGAUAUCGAGAUAAAGUCUCGAAGCGGCGAAUCCGAAUCGCUAUUCUAUUCGUGUGGAUUGUUUCCGCAGGCCUUUCAUUCCCAGCUAUUGCCUUUUGGCGUGAGACAACUCCGCAUCUCUAUGAGAAUCCGUAUCAAUGCAUUUUCACGGACUCGGUGCUGUAUUUGAGUUUCUCUUCGCUAAUCACUUUCUACAUUCCGUUGGGGUUGAUUUUGUUCGCCUAUGGGAAAGUGUACGUGAUAGCGACGAGGCAUUCAAGAGGAAACAUCAGUGGCAUUAAAAAGAUCAAAGGUGGCAAAAGCGGAGAAGGAAGUCCGAUGUUGGGCGGCGAUGAUGGGUCAGCUUUGCGAGUUCAUUUCGGUCGAGGCAUCGGCAGAGGGAAACGGAGUGCAAAAGGAACGGCAACCGGGAAACUUUUGCUGGCACAGCUCCCAUGUAAAGUCGUUCAUCCACCAAAGAAAGACUCGAUUGGCAAUUACAGCACGAGCUCGUUCCGUGUUGUCUCCAAAAACGAGGAAGAGCAACAAUUGUUGAGAGCAAAUGGACAUGGGAGGACACAAUCACCAUUGGCAAAAACGCAAUCUGCUCACAAUUUCUUUGCCGGUGAUCGAAUGGAAAGAGAAGAAGAAAGUGCAUUGAUUGUGACAACAAUCCCUUCAUCUCCUUUGCCGUCAAAUGAACCAACUCCUCGUUCAUCUAGAAGACCGAUCAGGAAAAGAGUUGGAGUCAGGGAGAAGAGUCGACAAAUGAUGAAAUAUGUGCACGAACAAAGAGCAGCUCGAACGCUUUCAAUCGUUGUUGGAGCUUUCAUCCUUUGUUGGACUCCAUUUUUUAUCUUCUCUCCAAUCGCAGCUCUAUGUGGAUCGUGUUUCUCUAACAAAGAGACUAUGUUCACUAUUUUUACAUGGGCAGGCCACCUUAACUCGAUGUUGAAUCCAUUGAUCUAUUCACGAUUCUCGAGGGAUUUCCGGAGAGCUUUCAAGCAGAUUCUGACAUGUCAUCGAGAGAGAAAGACAAAAGCAGCCAUCCGUACUCCCCUUUCGUUGGUCUUCACACAAUUGAUCUCAAUCACGCAAUUCUGGGAGCAACCAGAAGAAGAAGAACGA